CGUGGUCUGAGGCUAGAGGCGUCGCUGCCAUGCAGUCCUGGGCCGGCUCUGUACUGCGUGGCUGCAGCAGUGGUGCCUCUGGUCCCAGCCAAGGCACUGCUGAGGAGCCUCUAUUCCCAGUGCUGCCUCCUCCCACCUCAGCCUAACUUGCUGCAGACAGGAGGGAGCACUCUCCAGGAGGGAGAUAGGGGUAAGGCUGAGUUCCCACCCGCUUGCCACUGAAAAUUAGCUUGCGUGCCCUAAGUUGCCAACCCCUGCACUAGGAGGUGGGGCCUGGACCUGCCUCACGGGUUGGGUCAAAGCUCUAGGCGGGCCAGAUUCAGCUAGCUGAUGGGGUUUUGCCCACUCCUGAGCUAAACUUGCAUGCAGCUCGGACUUAGCUACUCUUGCACAAACAUUGGUGUUUCAGGUAUGAUUAAGAAAAUAGGGUUCGGGCAUGCCGACAGUACAGUGAAGCAGUAAAUAUUUUUAUAGGUUGGUUUAAGGAAACUUGUCAGGAAAUGGAACAAUUAAAGGCCUGAAUGUAUUAGAAAGUCUGCAAUGUUUUGUUUAGGAGAACUAUUUGACUUAGUUGUUACAGUUCAUAAAAUGAAACAUUAAAGCAUUGCUCUGUAACUGGGGUUUGGACUUUGAGUGGCAAUGGCAUAUGAGCUCCCUCACUGUGUAAUAAUGUACUAUUUUUGGCGUCUGGGUGUUGGCUUGUCUCUUCAGAAGCAGUAGAAAGUUAGUUACAUGUGCAAGAAGGAGAUUUGUAAUGUGAGCUCUCCUGUAGUACAACUUGUUAAACAUGGGCUGCUGCUUCAGUAAAGAAGUAACUACCGGCAAAAACAAUGAAAAAACUGGCCUGUUACAAAAAUCUGUGGAAGAGGAGGCAUCAGAAACCAGGAUAAGUAAAACUUUACCUUCAAUUUUAGAAACUGUGGAAAGUAAGAAGCUGAACGCAAUAGAAAAGACAGCUAAUGGGAGAGGUGCUCUAGUCAGCAUUGAGUGCAUUCAUUCUGAUAAAUGCGUUGAGUCAAAUCCUAAACGUGGGUUCUGGGGCAGAAAAACAAAGUAUCCUUCAUAUGAAAGUUUAGAGAACACUCAUCGUGGACAAGUCACUAAGACACAGCAUAACGGACCUUUUAACUUUUUUCUUUCAUUUAAUCGUAUCUUCAAGGUCUUUAAUAGUUAUAAAAAUGUGGAAAAGAGUAAAGAAACGGAAGACUGGGAUAUCGGUGAAAGAGUAAUUGAAAAUACCAAUAGGAAUGUUAAGUGUGUGAAUAAUACAGAAAUCUCUCAGUGUAAUAGUCACAACGGAAACAAAUCCAUUGUAGUCGGAAAGCCAUGUUGCUCAUUGGACUGUGUUUCUCCUUCGUGGGGACCAGUAGCUCUAGACCAAGACUCACAAGAAGAAUCUUUGUUAAAUGUGAGUUAUCUGGAAUAUUACCCAGUUAAAUGUGAGUGUUCACAAACACAAAAUGAAACAGAGAAUGUUCAAGAUAACAAUUGUGACAGCCAUAGAGAGAUUUCAGAUAUAUUGCACAGACAAAUAGUAGUUCCAGCCUUGACUUAUAUUGAUAUAGACCAUGGAAAAUACAGACGAGAUAAGGAGUUUUAUAGCAUUUGUAUUGUAGAUGCUGAAGAUCUGAAAAUGGAUGAAGAGAUGCCAUCUACAAAGCAUGGAUUGAUAGCAGCAGACGUAGAUCAUUCAGCUGUUACAGUUGAAGGAAUGUGCAAUGUGGUAUGCUCUCCAGACACUGAGAGAGAAUUUUCAAUCUUGCAGUCAGUACCAGUGCAAGCAGAGUUUAAUAUACAGAAAGAACUCUUUAUAGAUGAAAGAGAGCACAAGUCAAACCCGCAAAAAAAUGAAAUAAAGGAGUAUUGUUGUAUGGACUUCCAGUCAUCUUAUAAUGGCUUACUGGAUCGCAGCUGUCAGACACAUAGGCUAAAUGUGGAUACUAUAGCAACAGAUGGUUUAAGAGCACUAAUAUAUGAUGAAGAGUUUCCUGAUAAAAGAAUGCAAAGAAUGGGUACGCUAGAUAGUGUUGGUUUGAAUGAAUCAGUUCAUAAAAACACUGAGUCGGUACAAUUUGUGAAUGCUCUCCAAGAACGUUACUGUCCAUAUUCAGUAAGUGUGAAACAUGUUGACAGCUCCACUUCUGACAUGUUGGCUUUCAGUGCUAAAGAAUAUAAUUCAAAAAAGACUGAGAGAAAUGAUAACUCUGACACCACCUCAGUAAAUGUUCUCUUAAAUAAAAUGAACCCUGAAAAGGAAGCAAAUAUUAAACAAAAGUUAGAUGAUACUACAGGUAACUUACGUUUUCAGUUAGAAUUUCACAAAGUAUAUGAUGAUUCCUUUCCAAUGAGUCAAGAUCUGGAAUACCUUAGCCAAGAGGAUUCCCUACUAAAUCUAAAAAGGAAACUAAAUUCUAAUGAGAAAAAAAAUAAAUUUCACACAGCAUACUAUGAAUUUAAAAGAGAGAUCCCUUUUACCACUUGUGAACAAGACAAUAAAAUGGAACUACUUCUGGAAGAUAAAGAGAGAUACACAGGUGAAACUUCAUGCAGCCUGGAAAAUGCUGUGGUUGUAAACAUGACUGAAGGGCCCUCAAAAUUGGAGUGUGUUUUGGAUUGUCAAAUGGCUAUGAAAGGCAGUGCUGAAACAAAGAUAAUGUCAAAUGUUUCAAGUCCUGAUACCAUGAAAGAUGACAAUCAUGUGAGCAUUGUUGGGCAAACGCCCUCAUUUCAAGCAAAUAACUUUUCUGUGGAAAGUCUGAAGACUUCAGUAAGGGUAAGAAAUCAUACACUAGCAUCUUGCAAAUCAUAUAACACAAGUACACAUGAGAUAAUUCAAAAGGAAAAUUGUCUAGAAUGUCAGUUUUCACCACAACUGCCAGAAAAUAAAGGUAAAAUAUGUGACUAUUCCAGUUCAUUGAACAAAAACAGUACUCCCUCUGUAUCUUUGCAGGCAUAUUCAAAUGUGAAUAAAAUGGACUUGAAUUAUAAACAAGAUGAACUAUGGGAUAAAUGUUCAUUUCAUGCAAUGGAAAAUCAAUUAAGUAUGGGGACUAAUCCUGCCAGAUUAACAGGUGGUGGUGUAGAAAUGAUAAAACAGCCAAAACAAGAAAUGUGCCAAUGGGGGACUGUUAAUAAUGAAACAGAAAAUAGUGAACCAAAUUCUGAAGUUAUCAUUUUUGAUCAUGACAGUAGUAUUCUAAGUCAUAGAGACUUAAUACACAAUCAGAAUGUUUUCUCUGUUAUGCAUGAUAAACCUGUGACUUUGGAAGGUGAUCCAUCUGAUACAUUAAAAAUGGGAAACAGUUUCAGAAAUCAUAGAAGUGCUAGUAAUGAUAUAUUUGGAUCUCCUAGCUGUCGGUCUGCAUCAAGCCAAAGAUCAUAUUCAGAUGGUUUUCAAAAAGACGUGCGAGAGUGUGAUGAGAGAGAACCAAUUAAUGUUAAAAGGUCUACUGAAGAACUUUUGGAAACUUACAAAGAAUGUGCUACAGGUGUAAAGGAACCAGAAUUUCAAAGGGGUGAAAAAAACCUGUGUCAUAAUCUGUUAAAGGAAGAAAGCAAUCUUUUUAAUACAUCAACUGAAAAUGCAGAAGCACGAAUAAGUGAGAAUAAAAAGAAGUUGGAAACAAACACCGAAUCUGAAAACAGCCGUUACAUUCUAGAUGCUGAGGUGAAAAGUUUGAAUACUCUUUCCACCACAAAUCAUGAACAGACUGACAUUUGUGAUAUGAGUGCAUCUGAUCAAGAUUUUUUGGGGGGUUGUAUAGAUCCGGGGCAGGUAGAUAGAUACGCUGCUACACCUUCCUAUCAAUUACCUAAUAUCUCAGUUGUUGCCAGAGAGCAUCAGCAAAGCAAUGAGAGAUGUGUUCUAGAUCUGAUGGAAGAUAUUUUGAAUGAAUCAGAAAAUGCAUGUAAACUGGAUAUACAAAAUUCCCAAAGAAAAAUGGAUUCACAGUUCAUAACUCUGCAGACUACUAAUGUUGAUUUAAGUCAGAUAUUUUCUGACACCAUUUUUAAUGAUAAUAGUGAAUAUCCGAUGGGCUAUUUAUGGAAUACCACUACUUCUAACACAGUUAUGGAGAAUGACAGACAACAUACCAUGAAUGAGACUCUCAAGAACCAAUCUCAUGAUGUGGUAGAUGCUUCAUUUGCUAAAGAAAGAGAUCCUUAUCAGUUCCUAGUAACAAAAAAUGAAGGUAUCUGGGGAUGGCAAGAAGAUGAAGAAUUUGAAUCAACCAAGGUUUCUGAGUUAAAUCCUAAUGCAAAGGUAUGGGGGAAUCAUAUGUUACAUUUGGAAGCCAGUGGUGCCACUGAUGAUAGCGUGAACAAAACGUGGGAAGAAAUACCUGACCAUCCUCCAGAUCCAUGCAAAGAAGGAUUGGAUGCCAAUGGUGAUGGUGACAAAAAGCAGCAAAAUGCAGUGUUAACAGAACUGCAAGAGCCGUCGCUAACCGUUCCAGUGUCGGACCAAAGAGAGAUGAACACUUUGGCUCUAGAUAAUUCAGAGUAUGAAUCGAUGCAUGAAACCACCCAAACAGGAGGAAAUGAUCAGUUGCAGCCAGAAGCUCAGGAAGACCUCCGAGAAGUGCUUAAAAAAACACUGGAGUUCUGCUUAUCUAGGGAGAAUCUUGCCAGUGACAUGUACCUUAUAUCACAAAUGGACAGUGAUCAGUAUGUGCCAAUAAUGACAGUAGCAAAUCUUGAUCAUGUCAAGAAACUCAGUACAGAUAUGGAUUUGAUUGUGGAAGUGCUGAGAUCAUUGCCUUUAGUCCAAGUGGAUGAGAAGGGAGAGAAGGUCAGGCCAAAUCAGAAUCGUUGCAUUGUGAUUUUACGGGAAGUACCUGAAUCUACACCCAUUGAAGAGGUUGAAGCACUCUUCAGGGGAGAUAAUUUGCCUAAAUUUAUCAACUGUGAGUUUGCCUAUAAUGACAAUUGGUUCAUUACAUUUGAGUCAGAAGCUGAUGCACAGCAGGCUUACAGAUACCUUAGAGAAGAGGUGAAAACUUUCCAAGGAAAACCCAUCAAGGCAAGGAUAAAAGCAAAGGCAAUAGCUAUAAACACAUUUUUGCCAAAGAAUGGAUAUAGACCUCUGGACAUGAAUCUCUACACACAACAGCGUUACACAGCGUCCUUUUAUUUACCUCCAGUAUAUAGUCCCCAACAGCAGUUCCCUUUGUACAGCUUAAUUGCCCCGCAGACAUGGUCCACUACACACAGCUAUCUUGAUCCAACAUUGGUAAGUGUUUAGGAGCAUAAACAGUGUUUGUUUAUAGCUGCUGCAUGUUUAACUGUUAAUUUAACCACUUUGAAGGACUGCUGGUGGGAGGUCACAAUCUGAAUUCUACUCUGCUGAUAUGUGAUUUUUUUUUGUCUUUUAUUGAAAGUGGACAUUGGCAAUCUAUAUUUGGGGUAUGAGGGCCUCUCUUUGAAAGAGACAUCUGAUUUCUUUUAAUCAAAAAGAGAGGUUUAAGAAGUUACUUUCCUCACAUUUUUAAAUUCACAUCAUAGGUUUUUGUUCUUAAAGGUUAGACACUUAAGAUUUCUGCUCUGAAUGAGAAAUACUUUUUUUUUUUUUUAAGGUAACCUUCAAAGCAUGAGUGUAUUUAAAAUCCACUUCAAUAUUAGGUGCAGAAUGCACCUAACAGGACUAGCUGAGGGGAUAUUCUAGCACAUUAACCUUUGCAAGAUAAAAUCUUACGUGUUAAAUUAAUGUGCAGGAUUGCCCUAUCCCACGUACCCUGACAGUGGCAAAACUAAUAUUUUAUCAUGAGAUAUAAGAAUUGUUCAUAAUCUUUAAAGUAGUAUCGAUGAUAAAAAAUCUUAGCUACAUUUUCUGUAUUCAAAACUGUGUGACUUAGUGACAUACUAGAGUUAAUUCGGGCGGCCGGCUCUGCUCUCCACUUGUGCUUGUUUAUAUGGCCAGUGGUAUACAUGCUUGCAGUUUUUUGUGCACUUAGUGCAGGGGUGGGCAAUAAUGUUUGAUGGGGGCCACUCCAAGAAUUUGGAAAGAGGUUGAGGGCCACACUCUUCCAUGAUAUUAGUG